AUGUCCGCGAAUAAUGCUGCCAAUGCGGCAGAACCUGUUCCAGAUGGAAGUGGCAGUGGCGGGUCCAUGUUGUUCACGAUUGCUCGCAGCGUAGGCGUUUUCAUAUUCAUCCAAUUUGCUAUGAAACAGUUUACAGGAGGAGGCAGCCAGAACGCAAGCACUGGCAAUGGUACUGUUGUGCCCUCUAAUGUUGGAAGUUUCGCAGACAGGCCAGAAAUCACGACUAUAAUGAAUUACAGCCAUAUCCCCCAUAACCUCGCCCCAAUCUGGGCAGACGAUAGCGUCCUCGAUGUUCGUGUACAUAUCAGCCCGUCUCCGCAGUUGCCGCCGCUCGCUUCCCUUCCCUCGGAGUCUUUAGUGCUCAGCGAGGACAGUUUCAAGAUUGGAGAUUCCAAAUACAACAGGGAGUUUCAGACCACGAUAGUUCUGCCAGCUGAGGUUCAGAACAAUGGCAGUCUUUAUGCGCACAUCCUCGCUGGUCUUCACGGUAGCGAACUUGACCCGAACUCCAAGAGAUACGAUCCUGCCACUGCUGCGCACUAUGUGAAACAGCUCAAUCAUUAUCUUCCUAAGAAGAAGGUGCGCAAGGAAAGGAAUUUGCUGGACAAGAAUGAAGAGAUGGAGGUAGAGCCAGAAGAACAGAAAGGACCCUCGGUCUCGUCAUAUUGGCACUCGAAUUUCUCAUUGGCUGUCAUUCCUGGCACUGGCACGGUGAACUGGCGCUCAAUGCACCCUGGACUAAGGAAGAAUAUCCUCGUUGAGCCAACAGGAGCGCGAGAUGAGUCCGGCCAGAACGGCUGGUACUACCCCGUAUUCUUUCUAAACACGUUCUGGCAGCUGCGCAGCCACAUGACCGAGCUUAAUGAAACUGUCAAGAGUGUUCCACUGAACAUCAAUUUCUACAACAUGGCCAACUGGAAAUACUCUAUCAUGGCAUCGAUGGACGAAGGCAUGAAGCAACAGCAACAGGCUUCCGCAUUUGGUACUCCCAACCCGAAUCCAGCCGGUGGCGAUGGAAGCGAAUUUGAGAAGUUCAAGGAAAUCCUGCUCGACUCAAACCCAUGGUUGCUCGGCACGACUUUCGUGGUCAGUAUCCUACACAUGAUCUUCGAGGCGUUGGCCUUCAAGAACGAUAUUUCCCAUUGGCGCAAGAAGAAGGAUAAUAUCGGCGCAUCUGUCCGCACCAUCAUCAGUAAUGUCUUCAUGCAGCUGGUCAUCUUCCUGUACUUGGUCGACAACAGCGAUGGCACCAGCUGGAUGAUUCUGGCCAGCCAAGGGUUUGGUAUCCUCGUUGAAGCAUGGAAGAUCACAAAGGUUGCGAAAGUGGUCAUCAGCCCGCCUGCUCCUGGUUCGUGGUAUAGCUUCAUGCCAUAUGUUGUCAAGCUGGAGGACACACACGAGCUCUCCGAGACGGAAGAGAAGACAGAAGAGUACGACAAGGAAGCUUUCCGAUACCUCGCUAUCAUUGCUGCGCCAUUAUUGCUCGCAUAUGCCAUCUACAGCCUUGUCUAUGAGAGCCACAAGUCGUGGUACAGUUACGUGAUUGAGACUCUAGUCGGCUCGGUAUACGCCUACGGCUUCUUAAUGAUGGUGCCGCAAUUGUGGAUCAACUAUCGGCUGAAAUCUGUCUCACAUAUGCCAGGUCGUGCAUUAGUCUACAAAACCCUCGGCACAUUCAUCGACGACCUAUUCGCAUUCACAAUCCGAAUGCCCAUCCUUCAUCGACUAGCCACCUUCCGAGACGACGUCAUCUUCUUCGUCUGGCUCUACCAGAAGUGGGCAUACAAGGUCGACUACACCAGAGUCAACGAGUUCGGUCAGGGUGGAGAGGACGACGCAAAUGUCGACAAGACUAACGCCGGAAAUGAAAAGACGGACGAGAAAGCCGUACAAGGGCAAGAUCCGAAGAUGAAGCCGGUCGCCGCUGCUGCCGCCACAGCGAGUGGAAGCGACAAGAAAGGAGGCAGCGCGAAGAAGAGGAAAUAA